AAUUAUAUUACUAUAAAAAACAUCUAUAGUUCAUUAAACCUGUUUAUUUUAAUUUUUUUAAUAUAUUUACAAUUUUAACUAGUUAAAAAAAAAUAAAACAAUGAAUGAUGCAAAUAUAUAUGGUUUAGGAGAGAAACUAUUCACAUCAUUACAAAAACAUGGUAAAAAAGUUGCACAGUUUCUAGCUGACACAGAUGAAGUCAAUACAUACUCAGACCUUUUAACUCGUAGUAUAAGGACAGCAAUAAAACUUAAAGCACAAGGAAUUAAACGAGGCGAUAUUGUAUCCACCUGUACCCAUAACAACAAAGAUAACUGGAUUCCUUUUCUGGCUUCACAGUUUUUGGGUGCAAUCUCGGCAAAUUUUGACGAAAACCUAUCACCAUUAGAUACUGUACACUUGUUGAAACUAAUUAAACCCAGGAUUCUUUUUGUUUCUCAAAAUGCCUUAGAAUUUAUGGAAAGUUGUUUAUGUAAAGCAAAUGUCAAUACACAAUUGGUAGUAUUUGGUGACAGUCAAAAGUACAAUACGUUUUCCGAAUAUGUGGAACCAUGUGACGAAGAAACAACUUUUUAUCCUGUUAAAGUUGAAAACGAAAACGAUAUAGCAGUGAUUAUAUUUAGUAGUGGAACAACUGGAUUACCAAAAGGAAUUUGUUUACAUGACAAAUGUUUAUUGAAUAUAUCUAAAGCAAAUCUAUUUAAAAUUAACAACAGUGAAGAUAAAAACGUUGUUGUAUUAUUUUAUAGCACACUUUACUGGAUUAGUUGCGUAUUUUCCCUAAUAAAGUGUGUAUCAAAUGGAUACUGUUAUGUCAUUUGCAAAAAAUUUGAUCCAGCCAACUCUUGGAGACUCAUUGAAAAAUAUAAGGUAACCGCUAAGUUCCUGCCACCUUAUGACGCCAUAGAGUUUUUAAAAAGUAGACCGAAAAACGUUGACGUCAGUAGCUUGGAAAUAUUUUACACUGGAUCAUGUCCUGUAAACAAACAAUUAAUGGAAGAUCUGAUAGUGGCAUUACCGCAAACUAAAAUUUUAAAUUGCUAUGGUUGUUCCGAAACAGGAGGUGUCGCUGCUUCAUUUGAUUCAACUCUUGUGGCGGAAUAUAAAAUGCAACUUCUGAAACCUACAUCUUGUGGCAAGAUAUGUUCAGAUUUGAAAUGGAAGGUUGUAGAUACUACCUCCGAAAAUAUUCUUGGACCAAAUGAAGAAGGUGAAAUUAGAGUUAAAGCAGAUACAAUAAUGAAGGGUUAUUACAAAAUGGAUUCCUCGUCAGCCUUUGACUCUGAUGGAUAUCUCAGAACUGGAGAUUUAGGAUACUAUGAUGAAGACGAGUGUUUUUACAUUAUUGGUAGGAUAAAGGAAAUUUUUAAAUAUAGAGGAUGGCAUAUUGUUCCCACGAUAAUCGAAGACGUUCUUACAUCGCACCCUGCAGUAAGAGAAGCCGCAGUAAUUGGAGUACCACACGAAAUUGAUGGGAACCAUCCAAUGGGAAUCGUAGUAUUAAAUAAUGGAUAUGACAAUAUAAAUACAGAUACUAUUGUUAAUUUUGUUAAUGAGCGAGUUUCUGAAAGCCAGAAAUUGAGAGCUGGUGUUGCAAUUGUUACAAAUAUUCCAAAAACUACAACGGGGAAAAUAAAAAGACGAGCUUUGGAAGAGAUUGCUUCUUAUAAACCAAUAAUAGUUUCUAAUAAUAUAAAACAGUAAUAUUGUUAAUUUAAUUAGAUGAAAUUAAAACGUUUGUUUAAAACUGAAUUUUAAGAACAUUUAUUUUUAUUUUGCCUUUAUAAAUGUAUUUAAAUUAUUAAAAUAAUCCUUACUUUUGUG